AUGGAACUUCCCACUUCCUCCAAACAACUCCAAGAACUGCAAAAGGAAUUUGUCGCUCCGACUCAUCCAGAAAUAUGUAAUCCUCUGGUUCAAGAAAUAUAUGCUGAAAACAUGAACGAUUUUUUGAAGACUAAGCAAUAUCUGCAACGUUAUCAUUUGUUUUGGUCAAUAAUUUUGCAGCUUCAUAAUCAAAGAAGCCAAGGAAUAAAAGAAAACAAUACACAAGUCAAGAAGAUGUUGGAAACUGUAAUAAAUAACCUGGUUCGUGAGAGGAAUCACUCAUUGGGAUUUUCUCGAAAACUGAUAUUUGAUCUCCAUGGUUUCACUGUAAAAGGGGCAUUGGAGUAUGUCAGCGACAUCAAAUCGGCAAUAGAAAACAGUAAAGCAAAGCACAAACCGAUCACACUGAUCACCGGGCACGGGGAAAGGGUCGAUGGAGCUCCGACGAUCAAGGCUGAGAUCUUAAGAAAAUUUGGUGAAAAUGUUCAAGAAGAGUUGCUGAAUCCAGGGAGAUUGACAUUCAGGGUGCAGGAGACGUACAUGGACUACGCGCACGUUCGUGUAGUCCCUAUUCUAAUUAUGUAA